CCCGCGACUCGAUCGAUUGCUGCAGGCACAUGGGUCAGUUGCCCGUGAUUUGCCGGCUGCGUGCGUGGACGACUUCGCAUCUCCUGACCCGGCCGCGUCGCGCGGCCGACUACGUUAAGUUAACACGCACCUUCUCCGUCUAAUCCUCCAUCCACAGACACACAUGCUUCCUUCGUCUUCUUCGCGCGCUGGCGCUGGCGUAGCUCCUCGCUGUUAAACGCGGUUUACCAUCCGUCAUACGCAUGAUCCUGCGCCAUCUCUCUUGGAACGUACCUACAGCGAUUCUACGAUCGCUCCUAUAACUACCUGCAGGCUGCGGCUGCGGCUGCCUCAGUCAGUCGGCAGCGUACAUAGCUACGGUUUCCUUCUUUCUUUGGUUUUCGAUCGGUCAUGGCUAGGUCAUGGCUGUCCGGCCUGCGGUCUCGGCUCGGCGGAGGCUCCAGGCAGGACGGGCUCGGCAUCCUGGCUUUCGAGGCGGCGGCGGCCAUGUCGCGGCUGGUCUCGCUCCACCUCUCCCUGUCGGACGCGGAGGUCAGGAGGCUCCGCGCUGACGUCUUACGCGCAGAGGGCGUCGCGCGGCUCACGUCCACGGACCAGUCCCGCCUGCUCCGGCUCGCGUGCGGCGAGCUCAUGGCGAGCCUCGACCGCGCCGCCGACGACGCCGCGCGCCUCGGGGCGCGCUGCCGCGUGCUGCCGGACGCGCCGUUCCUGCACGACUUCGACCGCGUCUACGCCGACGCGAAGCGGGGGGCCGGCCUCGCGCGGCUGGACGCCACGGUCGGGUUCUCCAGGGGCGCAGCGAAGCGGUUCAAGAAGAUGGAGCGGCACGUAGCCGCCACAGCGAAGCUGUACGCGGAGAUGGACGCGCUCACCGAGCUAGAGGCGUCGGAGCGGCGGAUGGAGCAGUGGAAGCAGCACAGCGGGCCAAUCCCGGCGCAGUCAUCCAAGAGCAGGCAGCACGCGGACGAGCCAAGCGAGAAGCUGAUGGGCGAGCUCAGGUUGCAGCGCCACAAGGUGCGGCGACUCACGGAGGGCUCGCUCUGGAGCGUGGCCGCCCACAAGGUGGCCAAGCUCAUGGCCAAGUCGGUGCUCGCCGUGCUCGCGCGCGUCUCCGUUGCCUUCGGUGCGUUAGUGCCGGGAUUGCCACCUCCGUUAGCAGGAGGCCGGGGAUGGGCGCUCGGCCACUCGUCUGGCCCCAUGCACCAGUCGAUGGCUCCCAACGCGGCGAUCCGGCACUCGGCUCCCAUCUUCCGGCCGAAAGACACAGCCUCCACAUCGUCAGAGUCAAUCAAGCCACCCGCGACCACCGUCGGUGGCUCGGGCAUGGAACUGCGUUACGCGAACGUGAUCUUGUCGGCCGAGACGCUGCUCAAGGCACUGAGGCCGGCGAUCCGCAACGAGGAGGCGCAUGACGGCAUGACGGAGCUGUCGAUGAGAGACGAGCUGUACAAGAUGCUGCCCGUGACCAUACGCGCGCACGUGAAGGCGAAGCUGAGGGAGAGGUUGAGAGGAGGGCAGGUGGACGGGGAGGCCGUCGUCACAGCGAUGGACGCGGUGGACGGAGUUCUACGGUGGUUGGGGCCAAUGGCGCAUGACACGCUGCGGUGGCACGACGAGAGGAGCAUGGAGCGGAAGCAACGGUUCAGCAUGCAGCCGCGUGCACCGAUGGUGCAGACGCUGCAUUUCGCGGACCGUCGGAAGACGGACGCUGCUAUCGUCGAGGUGCUCGUAGGUCUCAGCUGUAUGUGCUGGUACGACGAUCAACGGCGGCAGCCGGCUGACUGGAACGAGUAGCUUAGAAGGAUAGGGAGGGAUUGGUGAAUGGAUUUUAGGGUGCCCUUGACCUUUGGGUAGAUUCUAGUUUAAGAUUUGUGGUUGUUGUUUUCCUGUAUAUGUAUCGGCCUGUUUACUUUCAAGUUAUGACAAGUGAUACCGUGUCACUUGUCGCAACAUGAGAGUUUUUUUUUAA